ACGCAGUAGGGCGCAUUGGGCAGCUUCUGUCUUCCUUUCCACACGCUUUUUGCUCGAGCGUGACCGACGCACGUUCUAUGCCUCCAUCUCGCCAUAUCGGAGCCUCAAACGUGGUCAGGCCCCGUCAUGCAGGCGACCGGACGACCGUCCGGGGUUGAGGGUGCCUCUUUCGAUGCAGGGUGCCUGCUGAGCUUGGGAGUGCUCCUUCGCUUGGCCGUCGCAGCGAUGAACUAUGAGAUCUAUUGCAUGCUCGAUGAUCCUUGUACCAGCAGUGAGGUUCCGAGCAUCACGCAGAUCUCAGAUGCCACAGGUCGAUAUGGCGACCUUCGCUUCGGUCUCAGUGUGGCCUCGGUGGUUUUCAGCGACUUGUGCUGCUACCUAGUGCUGUCACAUGGCAUCAAGGAAUCCUCGCAUCUUGAGACCCUUCUGGUGACCAGCUGCUUCCUGGACCUUCUGCAAGCCGUCACCACCAGCUUCAAGUAUCAUUACCUGCCCAUCCAGCUUGGUGGCUUAGCAAUGUGCCUCACCCUCCUGCGUGCCUUGCAGCUCCUGGGCUCGGCCGCACGUGUCUCCACACUUUGGCGCGUGGCCGUGGGGCUCUUUGCCGCGCUGUGUGUGGAUCUCUGUGUCGUAGCUGCUCUCCACAACCACUGGGCACCUGUCAGCUUAAGUCAUUGGGCCUCCUGGACUGCCCUGGAGUACUUGGGCCUGGUGCUUUAUACCUCCGUGAUGGUGCUCAUCGCGUCGCUGUUGCCACCCGCAGUGGUGAAGUGCCACUGGUUCCCUCGACUGGUGCCAGUCGAGCAGAGGAAGUCCUUGCUCCCACAGCAUUUGAAGCGCGUCUCAACGCCCAAGGGGCAGCAGUGAAGCAUGUUACGAUGAUGCCGAAAAGGGAAGCUGAGCUUCGAACGGCAAGCGAUCAAAAAUAGAUGACAGAACACAGGAGAUGGGAGGGUUGGAAAACGUUGGC